CCUCCAGCCUGGCGCGCCGCCCCUUCCAGCACCGCACCCGUGCGUCCCAGGACGGCCGAGGGAUCCAUGGCUGCAGUCCGGGGAGGCUGGCAGGGGGCAGAGCCACGAGCCAUCCGCAGGGCGGUGAGCUUGCUGGAGCGUCUGGAAGGGCAAUGCCAGGACCCCAGGCUGGCCUUCGGUCACCCGUCGCUGAGUGACCUGCUGCCCCGCAUAGCGCACCUGCUUCGAGAAGUGGCGAGCGCCCGGAGCGCAGCCGGGGACGCCCCCGAAGGCCCGGGGGGCGCCUGGGACUUUCUGGUCACUUACCUCGCCAACCUGGAGGCCAAAGGACGGCAGGUGGAGGCCCUGCUUCCACGCCGGGGCCGAAAAGAUGCCAAUCAAGAACUUUUCCCGGAAGGGUACAGACUCAGGCGACAGCUGGCCAAGCUAGCCCUCAUCUUCAGCCACAUGCACGCGGAGCUGGCCGCGCUCUUUCCGGGGGGACACUACUGUGGACACUUGUACCAGCUCACCAAGGCCCCAGCUCACACCUUCUGGAGGCAGUGCUGCGGAGUGCGGUGCGUGCUGCCCUGGGCCGAGUUCGAAUCCCUCCUGUGCACCUGCCACCCUGUGGAACCAGGCCCCACGGCUCAGGCCUUGCGCUCCACCAUGGACCUCACCUGUAGUGGCCACGUGUCUGUCUUCGAGUUUGACAUCUUCACGAGGCUCUUCCAGCCAUGGCCCACACUGCUCAGAAACUGGCAGCUCCUGGCCGUCAACCAUCCGGGCUACAUGGCCUUCCUCACGUAUGAUGAGGUCCAAACCCGCCUGCAGGCCUGCAGGGACAAGCCGGGCAGCUACAUCUUCAGACCCAGCUGCACUCACCUUGGGCAGUGGGCCAUCGGAUGCGUGAACCCCAAUGGUAGUAUCCUGCAGACCAUUCCUCCUGAUAAGCCCCUGUUCGAGGUGCUCCUGAAAGGACAAAAAGACGGCAUCUACCUCUACCCGGAUGGCAAGAACCACAGCCCAGACCUGAGCGAGCUGUUCCAGGCAGAACCCCACCAGCGCAUCCACGUGUCUGAGGAACAAUUACAGCUCUACCAGGCCAUGAACUCCACCUUUGAGCUCUGCAAGAUCUGUGCUGAGAGUGACAAGGACGUGAGGAUCGAGCCCUGUGGUCACCUUCUGUGUAGCCACUGCCUGGAUGCCUGGCAGCAAUCAGACAACCAAACAUGCCCCUUCUGCCGCUGUGAGAUCAAGGGACGUGAGGCCGUGAGCAUCUCCCGAAGGCAAGGGGGAGCGGAGGAGGACCCAGAGGUCUGCGACCGCCAGAGGGACGAGGCCUGGGAGCUGGAGGUGGCCCCUUCUGCCCCCCCACUACCUCCGCGGCUAGAUCUGUCCCCCAGAAGUCCCAAAAGCGAACGCCUGCCGAAGGUGAAACCACUGGCCCUGCCCAGACUCCGGGCCCCCCUUCCUUUGCCAAAAAUGAGAACUGUGGCCUUAUUCCCAUGGGACGUCCCCUCCAGCCCCCAGAGCAGGGAUGGAGCCACAGGGGCAUCGGGACCUGAUACAGAAGGGAGCCUGGGGUGUGGAUUGGAUUGUGAAGCAGAAAUAAAAGAAGCCUGGUAUAUCCUUGUCCUGUCCUCCAGUGUGUAAAAGAAGAUGCCACCAGGGGGCAGGUCGGCCCUGGGGAAUGGUGGUCCUCAGGCCUAAGGCACCUUCCCCCAUUACCUCUGGACCCUGGACCUCCACCCCCACAGUCAGAUUUUCCCACCAAGUGGGGCCCCAGCCUUGUCCAUUACUCAUAGGAGUCCUGCACCCCAUAAUCUCAGUCAGGCACCCACUCCCACCCCCCAUCCUGCAAACACAUCCCUGGCCCAAAGUCGCCACCAUUGAGUUCCUCUCCGUUGAAGGACUCAGAUCGCCCAGACCUGCUGUGUAGACCAGGCU